AUGAAAAUGUACAAUAAAAUGAUUCAAGCACAAGGUUUAGCUGUCAUCGAACCUUCGAGUCAAUUUCAAUUAUUUCCAUUUUAUCGUCAUGCACCGGGUCCACAUGAUGUAUUGAUUAGAAUUCAUUAUUGUGGUAUUUGUCGAUCAGAUAUCUCCUCGGUGAAAAAUGAAUGGAAAAACUCUCACUAUCCACUUGUGCCUGGUCAUGAAAUAACUGGUGUGAUUGAAAAACGUGGUGACAAAGUAUCGAGAAAAUUGAGAAUAGGUGAUAAAGUUGGCAUUGGUUGUCUGAUAAACUCAUGUCGACAUUGUGACUUGUGUAAAGAUGAUUUAGAACAUUUAUGUAGUAAAUCAGUUACAUAUAAUCAAGAUACAAUUAUGCCAAUGGUACAAGGUGGUUAUUCAACCUGCAUCACUGUUGAUGAACACUAUGUGGUGAAAAUUGGUAAAGAUAUGCCAUUGGAUGCUAGUGCUCCUUUAUUAUGUACAGGAAUUUCAGUUUAUUCAGCAUUAAAACAACAUAGAAUUGGAAAAAAUACUAAAAUAGCGAUUGCUGGACAUGGUAGUUUAGCUCAUAUAGCUAUUCAAAUGGCUAGAGUGUUUGGUGCUGAUGUAACAGUAAUUUUAGCAGAAGAACAUAUUGGUGAUGCAAUGAAUUUAGGUGCAAAGCAUUAUUUGUGUACGAGUGAUAAGCAAAAUAUUAAACGGGCAUCGAAUAAAUUUCAUUUUAUAUUAGAUACCAUUUCCAAUAAUCACGAUAUUGUUCCAUAUUUAGAGUUAUUAAAAUUUGAAGGUACAUUGUGUAUGAUUGGCAUGCGACCGACUUUCGUUCAAUUUCCAGUCACAUACUUAUUGUUGAAGCGAUUAAGAAUUUGUGGCUCUAUGUCCGGUGGAAUGAAGGAGCUUCAAAAAAUGUUUGAUUUUUGCUCAAAACAUUCAAUUCAAUGUGAUUUUGAAUCAGUACCUGCGUCUUCAGAAGAUAUAUUGGCAGCAUACGAACGUGUAUUAAAAGAUGAUGCAAAAUGUAAUUAUGUCAUUGAUUUAACAAAAGGAAUCGCUUAG